AUGACGACAGGUGGCAUCACGACCUGUUUGAUCAGAUCGGUGGUGGUGAUGAUGACCCUACUGGAGACGGUGCGUCUUUUCUCCAUCCCACUCCACCCCCCUCCACUCCCCUCCACUCCCCUCCACUCCCCUCCACUUCCCUCCACUCCCCUCCACUUCCCUCCACUCCGCUCCGCUCCCCUCCACUCCCCUCCACUUCCCUCCACUCCGCUCUACUCCCCUCCACUCCCCUCCACUCCCCUCUACUCCCCUCCACUCUCCUCCACUCCCCUCCACUCCCCUCCACUCCCCUCCACUUCCCUCCACUCCGCUCUACUCCCCUCCACUCCCCUCCACUCCCCUCUACUCCCCUCCACUCUCCUCCACUCCCCUCCACUCCCCUCCACUUCCCUCCACUCCGCUCUACUCCCCUCCACUCCCCUCCACUCUCCUCCACUCCUCUUCACUCCCCUCCACUCCCCUCCACUUCCCUCCACUUCCCUCCACUCCGCUCCACUCCCCUCCACUCUCCUCCACUCCCCUUCACUCCCCUCCACUCCCCUCCACUCCCCUCCGCUCCCUCGCACUCCCUCCCUCUCCCUGGUGUUUCUACCACCCUCUUCUGUUCCCGCUCUCUCUUUCUCAGCUCCUCAGGAUUUUCUUCCCUUCCCCCUCUGCACCCCCCCGGCUAUGCUCCCCUGCCUCUCCCCCCUCUCUCUCCCUUUUCCCCUUCCCCUCCCCCAAACUCCCACAGGGGUCCCCCCAGCCAACGACCUCCGCGCGCUGCUUAGAGCCAAGGGGGGAAACCUGCGGGGGGCAGGGGGGAAGCUGGGGGGAAGGCUGGGGGAGAGGUUGGGCGGAAGAGUGCAGGUGGGGGACCUGCGCCACAAGCUGAGUGAAGAACGUGUGGUGGUUGGUGGGGACGUGGGAGGGGUGGUGAGAGUAGCAGCUGCUGCUGCCGCUGCAGCAGCAGGAGGAAGGGGAAUGGGAGAAAGGCUAGUGAAGCAACAGCCGCAGCAGCAGCAGCAGCAGCAGCAGCAGCAGCAGAGGAGGCUGACAGUGGUGGUGGCAAACGAUGGGGACGGUGGUGGAGCGGGGAGCGUGAGGAGGAGAAGCACCGUGGUGGGGGCAGUGGGGUCGGUGGGGGUGGGGGAGGAGAGGGGGGCGGCAGCUAUGGAUGCUGACGUGGCUAUGGGGGAGGGCGAUGAGCAGCAGGUGAGAUGCAGCUUAGAAGAGAGGGGGGGGGGGAAGAGGGGGGUCUGUUAUGAGAGGGCCCCCCCUCCCCUUCCCACUACCAUUGGUAUGAGAGGGGCGGGGAUGCAAGACGUGGCUGUGGGGGAGGGCGAUGAGCAGCAGUUGUAUGUGGGUUGCUUUGUAUCGCAACCAAGUUCUGGUUUCUUAACCCAUCUUCACCGUUCUACAAUUCUCUGCCCAUCCACCCAUUCACACAUUCACCCAUCCGCCCAUCCGCCCAUCCGCCCAUCCACCCUUCUGCCCACCACUCAGACAGUGGCGUCCUUCCUUGCGAGCCUGGGACUCAGCAAGUACACGGACCACUUUACGACAGAGGAGAUUGACUUGCAAACUCUUCAUCGCAUGUCAGAAAAUGACUUAAAGGAGCUUGGCAUCCCCAUGGGCUCUCGUAAGAAAAUCGUUCAAGCAAAUGCAGCUGCUUAG